AAAAAAGGAACUAAAACAAUUAAUAAUAUUAUUAUUAUUGUUGUUAUUUUGUUAUUAUAUAGCUAUUUCUCAACAUUUCCACUGUGAAAUGCAGUUUAGGCUUUUAUUGUGAAACAAAACCGGAAAUGGUAUUAAUCCCCAUGAAGUGACUUUUAAGGAAACUUUUCUUCAGGGAGGCGCUACUGCCGCUGAUCCUCCUCCUCUUUCUCCUCCACGCUUUCAGUCUUGCAGCCACUUCAGCGGGAGAUUCCGUGAAGAACUUCUUUGCUCCUCCGAGUUCUAGUCUUAAUUCUAUGUUUUAUCUCCUUUUUUCCCCCAAUCACGGAUAUUUUACAUCUCUUUUACGUCACAUCCUUUCUCUUUUCUUUUGGAGAGACAACUCGCAGGAGCGAGCAGGGAUGGAGCGGUGAGGAGAAAGUUGUAGGCGCCGACGCUGAGGAGUUCCACAGGAGGAGCCGCUCACUUACACCGGACCUCUGCCAGUGCCCGCCUCUGAGGACAUGGGUUGCGGCCUGAGGAAGCUGGAGGACCCGGAGGACAGCAGUCCUGGAAAGAUCUACUCCACCCUGAAGAGACCGCAGGUGGAGACCAAGAGUGACAUCGUUUAUGAGUAUGUGCUGCUUGACUUCAGCCUAGAAGGAAGUCGUCCAACUGUCCAGUACGUGUCGUCGCUGUCUGAGCUGCCUCAGGCUCUGCAGCCGUACUACACGCAAGGCUAUGUCCUGGCUGCGCUGCAUCCCAUCAUCCUGUCCGUGGGCCGCAUGCGCUCGCUGCCCUUCAGCCUGCUGUACCGCGCCAUUCUGGCCCGUCCCAGACCCAGCAGGCAGACCACGUCCAUGUGUCACAGCGUUCCUUUGCUGAGGGUGGAGGAGUGGCCUCUACCUGGAGACUCACUGACCAGCGAUACGGUCAGAGCUCUCAUCGACAGGGUGAACAGCAGCGCUCGAGGUGGCGUUCGAUUCGUCAGCUCAGUCCUCCAGCAGGUGAGCGGGGUCACGAACGGAAGGGUGCACAGUCCCAAAAGAAGCUGCCGUUCACGGUCUCAAAAAUGUCUACAAAUUGCUGUUGCCAACUUCUCCACACGUCCGGACCUGAGAGCUUGUUGUUCUGGGAAACUAUUGUGCUGUAUCUUCUCAGGUGAGCCGGUGCCUCGAUCGCUGGAGGGUUUGUUUGUGUACGAAGAGAGGAGCACUUCUCCGCCUGCCAACGACACCAUAGUAGUGGAGCAGUGGACGGUCAUUGAGGGCUCCAGUGUGAAGACCGACUACGGGCCUCUCCUUCACACUCUGGCUGAGUUCGGUUGGCUGCUCACGUGUGUGUUGCCCACGCCCAUCAUCAGACACGACAGUGAUGGAAACCUAGCUACGAAGCAGGUGGUGUUCCUGCAGAGACCAGUCCGGAACCCAACAGGAGGAACGCUGAAGAACCAGACUCUGUCCGGGAAGAGCACUGUGUCCAGUCGCUCCAUCAGCCACACUGUCAGCAGUCCUCCAGUCCCUUCAGACGAGCUGUCUCCAACCACAGGUGGCAUCGGGGGCUUCCCAGUGUUUGGAGGUGCCUAUCCCAGUGCUCUGUCCCAUCUGGAGGAAGGAGGUUUUGAGCAGGAGGAGGGCAAAGCCGAGGUCACCUGCAUGUGAGCAGGAAAUCCAACGGAGAACACGGAUGUAAAAAAAUGUUUUCCCAGGAGGUGAACUUAAAGACGUGAUUGAACCGUCCUGGUCCGCAGCAUCCUCUCGGAUCAACGUGUUUUCUUUUCUUCUUCUUUUUUUUUUUUUUUACUUUUAUACUUUUACUGGAGGAACUCUGCACUUUUUAAAGAUGUUUUUUAUUCAAGCCAUAUGGAAGUUUUUAAUUCACUUUUUAUUUUGCAUCAACACUUUUGCUUAGAACUACGCCAACCGAUAUUAUCGGCCGACAGAUAUUAGCGUAAUUAUGCAAUAUCGGUAGGAAUCGUUAUUUCGUUUUUCCUUCAAUAAUGAAAACCCGAUGACGCAAUGCCUGGGUUUCGCAAGAUAUAUGCUGGAAUCGCUUUAAAAAUGUAUUUUGUACGGACGAUGCCGACAGUGUGGCCUCCACGAUAAAAGUAGCUAACGUGUUAAUUCCGUGACAUAUACGUGAUGUGACCUAAAAAACAGCUGCGGGUAUCCGUAUCAGUUGUUAUCGAAAUCGGAAAUUAAGUGUUUGGACAAUAUCGGAUAUCAGCAAAAAAGCUAAUAUUGGACAUCCCUAUUUAAAACUUUGCGACAGGAAAAUUGGACUCUCAAUAUCACAUUUAAAAGUCACUUGCACUUUCACGAAAACACAAACUUCACCCUUCACGGGUUUCUACACAUCGACAUUGGUGGUGAAAUGAACGGCACAGACUGUGGGUUUAGUAUUCACAAUGUAAAUAACACAUUUUUUUCUCACGAUAUAGUAUUUUUUGUUUAUAAACCCUUAGUGUUUCCCCCUUUUUUAAGCACCUUUUUCAGUAGUAUCGGUGUGAAAACCGCACAGAUAAAGCCACGGUCUCUCUCUCUGCACGUGGACUCAGACUACUGUUUCGUUGGGACAAUGGUACAGAACAGAUCUGAACAUACACCUGCUGUGGGUGAAUUUGAAAACAUGGCUGUUUUUUUUUUUUUUGUUUUUUGUUUUCAUUUUCAGUAUGUUUCAAACAGUGUUCCAUUGUGGAUGUGGCCAUGAAAAAUGAUGACGUUCUAUGAUGCGUUUGGGUUCAUGUUCAUGUGAUCAGUGUUUUUUUUUUUUUACUUUUUACUUUAAUGUUUGAUAAUUGCUGCUUGUUUUUUUUUUUUUUUUCUAAAUAAGGCUGUCACUUUAUUUUCUAAAAUCAAGUUUGAACUCCUUUUUUUAUCAUAAUUUUGUUGCUAUUUCCUGUUCCAUUUUUGUUGGAGUUGUCUGCUAAAGAAAGCUGAGUUCUUUCAUUCGUGGGGAAAUUCACAGUGCGAGUCUUUGCAGUGCACACAGGCUGCCACAGGAGGCGCCAUUAGGGAUACGUGGUCAUGAUAACUGCUACAACACGGAAACACUUAUAACAAUGGAACAUGUAUCUGGUUAUUGUCACAAAAAUUAUUUUCACAAAAACCAAUGCAUUUGUUUAAGCACGUUCGAGACGUGCGAUCUAAAAGCAACGUUGUAGGGAUCACUCAAAGCGCCCUCUGGUGCUUUAUUCUGUAACUACAGAUGGGGUGAGACAAACAGAUUUUUUUUUUCAUCCCUUAACUUUCAACGUUAUUAAAUCAAAAGUGACAGCCUUAUAUAAGAAUUGUAGAUGGUACUAUAACUUUAACUUUCUAACAAAAAGUUGAACUAGAAAAUACAUUUGAACAAUGCUAAAAUAUCCAUGAUUAUUACGAUCUAGUUCUCGUCAAGGUAAAAUAUGUCGUAUGUUCACAACCGGGUGUUUUUAGACUGAAAUGAAAAAUACUGUUUUGUUAAAAUAUUUGUGAUAAAAACACAGGAUUUGUGUAGAACUUGGCAAAUCCCACAGAAAGGGAAGUAACCGUAUGUAAAUAUUUAAAAGACGUUAACGUUGUAACCGAAGGUGUUUCACUUUUCCAACUGUUAAUAUUUUUGACACAUCUAUGAAGCAAGUGAUUAUUUUGCUACAAAAUGACAACUUUUACCAGGCGACCAAAAAAGGUUGAGCGUUCCUAUUUUUGGAAUCCGGUAAAAGGAAGAGCUAAAAUUUUAUUACAAUGUAAAAAGCAUUCGAUUGUUGUCUGUCUUCCGAGGGUGUAACCGUUUCUCAGAUUUAAAUCAGUAUUAUUCCCGCCUUUCUUCCUGUAAGAGCUGUUUUGGAAACAUUUUAUUAAAUAUUUACUUCCCAUGAUUCAACGGUGUUUAUCGCUUCUACUCACUAAAUAGGGAAACACGGCGAACACCAACUGGAAUAAUAGGUAUUUUUAUUAACAGACAGUAAAUGUCAACAGUAACAAAAUCUUUUAGUUCAUUAAAAAAAAUCAAGUGGGUCGGACUGACAGGACUCCUCCCACAAAAUAACUUAAUAAAAGGGAGGAUAAAAGACGAGGUUUUCCGCUCC